GGGAUGUUUAAUAUCGAUAUGUAUCAUACAAUAUAGUUCUAUUAUACUUCCAGAGGGAUUGUCAAUUAGCGUAGAUCAUAUACACACAUAUCAUACAAUUGAUGAGUUUAUUCCGGUUUCAAAUCAAAUUAUGGCCUCUUCGAUCCCUUCUGCGGUCGUACCGCCAAUGUCGUAUCCGUCGCCACAGACCGAUGGACCACAUGCUCCGCCGCUUCCUGAUUAUUGCCCACCCGGGUAUGACUCAGUAGCACCUCCUACCCAGCAAUACCAGAAUAUGUAUUCGUCUACACCCACCUUACAUUCCCGGCAACCAGAGGCACAGCCACUCAUGUCGCAGACCUCGUACAAGCACGGUGAAGGAUACAGCGCCUCACGGCCACAAUCUAGCUUGGCAGAGUACGACCACACACGCCCUACCUAUGGCACACAUGGGGCUGUGUGUGGAGAGCAAGACGUGGAUGUACACACCGCCAUGGCGCAGGCGAAACAGGACCAGCCCGUGCGACAAGGCUUCUGUAAAUGGUUCUGUUUUGGUUUCCUGUGCGCGUGUUGUGCGACCUAUGAUACCUGUGAAGAGCAUCCGUGUUGUUGUCUGGGUUUACUAUGUUGCACGCUCGUUGGCUGCCGAGACUGAGUUGGACUCUGAAACUCGAGUCGAUUGUCACCGCGAAUUGCUUGUCCUCGUCGAUACACUGUUUGACACGCUCAUUUCACUGUAGACUGUUCUCGAAACUUCGAAACUGUCUACCUAAAGAACUCUGUGCAAACCGUUCGAGCCCGUCGUUGGGCGUGUUUGACACAUUGCGUGGGAAGGGGGUUUACGGGUUGCCAGGCAUGCUUAACCCAUAGCACAGAGUGUAGCGGGGUCUCUGUAGGCCGAUUGCUGGAUCAGCAACAUGAUUUGGCGCUCAAAUUCAUGUGACUUUUAGUAGGUCGUACACAUGCAGCUGAACAACCACGCCAUCGGUUAGGAGAUGGAGUGCUGUAUGAGAUGUGCCGCCUCCUUAGUGUAAUUCAUAGUGUUUGCUUUGUUCCAUAUGCUUUGUGUGGACAGUUUAGAGGGAGCCGACGUAAAUGGACUAUAUUUGCGCUAUCGUAGAUCCCCCGACACUUUCCUGCGAUGAGGACCAUAUUCUCAGUCAAAAGGGCUCAGUGUGCUUGUACUGGACACCUGAUGUGAGUGUAGUCGAUCAAAGCAUUAGUAUGGCGGUUUCUAGCAAUAAUAUGCUGUAAAGCGUUAUAUGAUACCCAUGUGCCCGUGAUAGGCCUCAAAUUCAGUUUUAGUUUGGAUACAGUUGCUUUUUGAAUCCGUCAAACGAAUGUAGUACUUUUGAGAAGUAUUUAAGAGUUUGCUAGCUCCACAACUCGGACAGAUGCCGGGUGAAUCCUAAUUGACACCUACACCAAAUUUGAACACUUCAGUUUCAUCUUUGUUUCAAA